GUUCUGGUGAGACCAUGAACAUCAGGAUCGCGGGCUGGCUGGGGUCACGUUGAUGCCGGUAGGUGUUCCCUACUUGUCCCAGCACCACCUGCUUCUGCACCACCUCCAGCCCCCCCGGGUGCCAUGGCUAUGAGUAGGGACCCUGGCUGUGAGAGGCUGGAGCCCGACUCUGCCUUACAGACGCAUAGUCUUACAGACAUCAUGGCUGCCAUGACGACAAAAGACGCCGGCGGCUCGGCCGCUAACGGCGUGAAGAACGGCAAGUCAGAGCCCGAAGGGACUCAAGCCAAGAGGACCCCGGCAUCACGUCCUCACUUGACCGGGAGGAAGCUGUCGCUUCAGGAGAGGGGCACUUAUGUUUCUUCGAGCCCUGGAGCAGGCUCCACACACGUCUCACCUCGUGUGGCUCGCAGACCCACGGUGGAGUCUAAAAGGGUGUCCAUAUCAGAUACUCAGGAUUGCAUCCAGUUGAACCAGUACAAACUGAAGAGCGAGAUCGGAAAGGGCUCCUAUGGUGUGGUCAAGCUCGCCUACAAUGAGGAUGAUGACAAACAUUAUGCCAUGAAGGUUUUAUCCAAGAAGAAGCUGAUGAAGCAGUGUGGAUUUCCCCGUCGCCCACCUCCAAGAGGACCAAAAGCAGUCCAAGGAGAGCAGCCCAAAAUCUUAGGACCUCUUGAGAGAGUCUACCAAGAGAUUGCCAUCCUUAAAAAACUGGACCAUAUAAAUAUAGUCAAGCUGGUGGAGGUGCUGGAUGACCCAUCGGAGGACAACCUGCACAUGGUGUUCGAGCUGAUGCGUAAGGGUCCAGUGAUGGAAGUACCGGCAGACAAUCCUUUUUCCGAGAAGCAAGCGCGCUUAUACUUCAGAGACAUCAUCCUGGGGAUCGAGUACUUGCACUACCAGAAGAUCAUCCACCGGGACAUCAAGCCCUCUAACUUGUUACUGGGGGAUGACGGCCACGUGAAGAUCGCAGACUUUGGCGUGAGCAACCAGUUUGAGGGCAACGACGCGUUGCUGUCCAGCACGGCUGGCACGCCUGCCUUCAUGGCGCCAGAAACUUUGUCAGAGAAACGAAAGAGCUUCAGUGGAAAAGCGCUGGAUGUGUGGGCCAUGGGGAUUACCCUCUACUGCUUCGUCUUCGGAAAGGCAAGUCUGAGCGCUUUUCUGUCUCUCGCUCGCUCAUCAGCAUCUGGUCCAGGAACGGCUCCAGGAAAUUCUGAGCUGGGUGUUGAUUACAGCGACUUCCCUGCUCGUUACCGGCACCCUUGCCCUUUUAUUGACGAGUACAUAUUGGCUUUGCACAAUAAGAUAAGGACCAAGCCUGUGGAUUUCCCAGAAACCCCGCAGAUCAGCGAAGAGCUUCGGACUCUGAUCUUGCGGAUGCUGGAUAAGAACCCAGACACGAGGAUCACCAUCCCCGAGAUCAAGAUGGAUCAGUGGGUGACUCAGGGCGGCGCUGACCCCUUGCCAUUAGAAGAGGAGCACUGCUCCGUGGUGGAGGUGACGGAGGAGGACAUCCAGAACUCGGUGAAGUUCGUUCCCAGCCUCUCUGCUGUGAUCUUGGUGAAAGCGAUGCUGCGGAAGCGCUCCUUCAGCAACCCCUUCGAGUGCCCGAGUAGGCGAGAGGAAAGGUCCAUGUCUGCGCCGGGCAGCCUGCUCAUGGACUCGUGGCCCUUCCGGCCCUCUUUAAAGCGUCACCCCUCCCACAGAAAGAGCAGCACGGGAGACGGGCCCAGAGAAGCCGAGCUGGAGGACCUGCAUGAAGACGAGCCCUCCUCCUGAGCAUCAGUGGCUCCUCCUGAAAAGGGCUCCGUCAGCUUUGCGUCCCUUUGCUCAGAACCUCAUCACACACACUCCACAAGAACACCACCCAGCACACCUCCAGUCUCUAGAACACAAAACUUUCAGAGCUAAAGUCUCAUCCCGUUCUCCGUCUGCUCUGCGGAGCCUGUGGGCCUCCAGUUAGCACCACCUGCUCCGCCGCCUGCUGUUUGGAUCAUCACUCGUUCAAAUGAAUGUUUCUGGAAAACGCAUUUAUCGGCCGGCAUUGCACUGGAAAGAAAAAAUCAGGCUUUUUUUUGCUUUUUAAAAAACAUUUUUUUACUUCUAUGCAUGGAGAAUAACCUGUCCACGGCGUGGAGAGGAGUCCUCUAUUCAUCUCUCAUCUGGCUGACCACCACAUGAGCAGGACUUCAGUGAACUUCGAGGGCUCUGGAUUUCCGCCGGAUCUCUUCUUUGCAUAUUGUACAUAGAUGUCUGUAGGUGUCUUCUGUGUUGCUGUGGCUGCCCUUUUCUCAUAUCUGUGCAAUGUAGGAAGUUAAACUCUGAAACAGGGUACUGAGGGCUGAAUUCCCUCCCAUGCUGCCUUCAGGGCCGGCAGGAAAAAGCUGUCUGAGGGGAACCGAGGUUCUGCAGCACACCCGAGUGUGACUCUCCCUGCUGAGCGAUGCAGAAUACUGAUGUCUCCUCUCCAUUUUAGCUGUAACUCUUCCCGUUUUUAUGUCAUUAAGUUUAACUCUGCUCUCUGAUUUUAAAGGUAUUGUAAGAGAAAUUGAAACAUUUUACAGUUUGCUUUAUCAGACGGGGAGUCUCUACAUUUUAGAUAAUACAGUUCUUUACUUCUUUGUUCUUGUGCAACACCUUUGGUGGCGCUUUGUAAUGCUGUGUUUAAAUGAACUUUGUCAACUUUUACGAGGUCAUCAAAGGUUUGGGAAAGGAGUAUUUCACCCUCUAACCCUUUCAGAGGUCUCUACUAGCUUUCGAUAAAUUAACUUGAAAUGAAUAAUCAUUAACUCGGAGCUAAUUAUUCUGGCGUGCACAGUAAGUCAUUCAAAUUGUCCACAUGCCAAGGACAGCAAUCCAAGUUCAAAUGUCUUACUUUCUAAAGCAACUUCGAUUCAAUCUGAAUUUUUUUUUUAAUCCGUCUAAACAAAACUAACCCUUAAUUCUAAGAUGACACAUGAAUGAAUCUUUUGGAGUUUCAGUGUAACAUUUUCUCAGAUUGAACAUAUGUAUCAUAUGCAGCAUUUGUCCUUUUUGAUUUUGCAAUCGUUGAUGACCAUCAGCUUUUUUUUUUAAGUGUGUGAUAAUGAAUGAAAAUAUUAAUAAAUCAGUUUCCAGUUUAAACCGCUGUGGAGUUGGCAGAAAAAGGUGAAACACCAGAUCUUAACUCGUUUAACACACGUUUAUCUCCUCUGGUAGUUUCCACACAGACUCUAAUAACCUCCAAAGUCAUUCCAGGCCGGUAUGCUACACUGUAACACUAUAGGACCAGAAAGGACAUCAUCCUGUCAUUCAGGACAGUCUGACUAAAAAAGUUUGCGGUUUCUACUUGUUUCUGCCAACUAUAAUGAGCCCCGGGGUCAUUUCCUCUGCAGCAGAUUGGCUUUAGGUGGAUGUUUUACGCACUUCUGUUGUGAUUCUUUCCUCUUUUGGGGGCCUGGGGGCUCAGCCCUGUGAGCGACAGGCUGCAGACAAACACACUUCCCUUCCCACUUGAGUGGCGUCCCCUGGGUGGCUGAUUAGAGACGUGGCGUGCGACGCCUUGCAUUUCCUCCAUUAGCAUUGACCUCAGUCCUCUGCAGAGGGGGAUGAAACCGACGCCCAGACGACAGACAGUUUUACACUUAUCGUUUAGCGCCAGUGUUUAGAAGUUCCCAUCCACAGGGGCGUCAAACCAUAGCCGCUGCUUACAUUAGAGAAUCAGCAUCAUUAUCAUGUGAGAGUGACAGAAUGUAAAGCUUUUUCUCUGCUCUAUUGAGCGCAGUAGGAGUUGGAUUAUGUCAUCUUGGCCUUCAGUGAAGGGCUGUUUAAACCAAAAGGAGCGACCUGCUGUUUGUAUUGACUUAAAACCUGCUCUAGAAGUAGCCGUUGCCCUUUGUCCACGUCGGCUCAUGACUGUGGGGGCGCUCAGGCCUCGCGUUCUUCUCUUGUGUGUUUCAGUUAUUUAAAUUGAAAGUGAAACGCUGCUUACGUUUGAAUAUUUGCACUUUUCCUCUCACUUCUGACGAGAAUGGCUGUAAACACCUGUAAAAGACCACGUUUACUGUGCCGUGCGACGCCUCGCUCGCUGCCGUCCGUCCGUCUGCAUGUCCUCGCUUUUUUGAGCUUUGAGAAUUUUUACCGAGAACUUGUGAGAAAAUGUGGCUGCUGCAGCUUCUAGAGGCUGAGCUAGAAAUUCUGUUCUUGCCCGUACGUGUUUAGUGUGCAUGUACGUCUUGGAAAAAAUUGUGAGUGGUGUAUGAGAAAGAAAAAGGAGCUCCACCAGAGGCAGUGCUGUGCUGGAGGAGAGAAGCAGUGAUGGGUGAUCACUAGCUCCCCUCAAACCUCUGAACCCCUGCAGCUCCAACACACCUCCUCCAUCCUGUUUACUUUCCUACAUGCUCUCAAGAUCUCAUGGGGGGGGGGGGAAUCAUCUAAAAAAUAACUUCACCGUUUUCCUUUAUUUAGUCUAACAUUUUGCCAAUUUUACUUAAUUUAUUUUUUGUAUAUAAAGCUUUUUUUAAAUAUAAUUAUAUGUGUAUAGCGCAUAUAAUUAAUUUAAUUAUCCAUGAGCUUGAAAUCCCACUGUUGAUUCCCCGUACAAGCCUUACUUUGUACAGGGGUCAGGCUGGUGAUUUUCCAUCACUGUUUGUUGCGGAUCGAUUGAUUUUUACAUGCACAAGAAAGGCUCAAAAGCACAGCACGGCACAGCCUCCAGUGAGCCCUCACUGUGCUCUCUCUGGCUUUGUGAAAUGACCACAGCGGAACCAGAGGGGGAAAGAUCAGCCACAGCACAGGGGGCAGAAACUCAUUUUGUCCGCAUUUCAGGCCACAAUUAAAUCCAGAGGAAGAGGACAGGGUUGUGUACAUAGUGAGGUCAGGGAGUGUUGGAUCAGAGGCAGGGAGCUGUUUGUCUUGUGCUUACGUCCUGGUGUGUGUUUCUAAGGUGCCUGCUGUGUCUGUGUUUGUGUGUGUCCGUCUCAUGCCGUCUCGUGGAGAUCUCCGAAUGUGCCCACCCGCCUGUGGCAAGUCGCUGAAACCGAAGCAUGGCACAUCCCUAUGGAAUGCGUUGUUACCAUGUAAAUAUGUACCGAUAUAAAUAAGCUAUUUUUUGCAUGCUUUUUGUAUUCCUGUACAUAAUCGAAUAAAAUAAAAUAAGAAAAAUCCUAAAAAAAACAAAACUUUGGCU